AAAUUGUUUCUUUUCUCCAAUUGGUUGGUAUAUUUUUUAUUUUCUGAGCCUUGUUGGUGUUGAAAAAGCUCUCUCUGGAUCUAAGAAUCUAGAGAUGGAGAUGGGUGAUGGGUCUCUUUCUCUCUAAAAUUUUGCAUUUCAUUUCAUUGCAUAUUUAGGGUUUGCCUUCGCCCCCCCAGAUUCUUGGCUAAAUUUGGCAAAAUGCCGCCAUUUCUCGCACCGGACCUGUCCCUCUCCAAUUAGCCCUCGUUUCCUUUUGCUUCUAAUUUCUUUGCCUUUUCUGAAGCAGCAGAAGAAGCAGAAGCAGAAGAAGAAGAUCGAUCGAUGGCGAGGGAGAAGAUUCAGAUCAAGAAGAUCGACAACGCAACGGCGAGGCAGGUGACCUUUUCCAAGCGGAGGAGAGGGCUUUUCAAGAAGGCUCAGGAGCUCUCCGUUCUCUGUGAUGCAGAUAUUGCUCUUAUCAUCUUUUCUUCCACUGGAAAGCUCUUUGAAUACGCCAGCUCCAGCAUGAAGGAAAUUCUAGAACGUCACAACUUGCACGCAAAGAAUCUCUCGAAAAUAGAACAACCAUCUCUUGAGUUACAGCUAGUGGAGAACAGCAACUACUCUGCGUUGAGCAAGGAAAUUACAGCACAAAGUCAACAACUUAGGCAGAUAAGGGGAGAAGAAAUCCAAGGAUUAAAUUUGGAAGAAUUGCACCAACUGGAGAAGUCUCUUGAAGCUGGAUUGGGCCGCGUAAUAGAGAAAAAGGGUGAAAAGAUUAUGAAAGAGAUCAGCGAUCUCGAAAGCAAUGCGAUGCGAUUGGUUGAAGAGAAUGAACGGCUGAGACAGCAAGUGCUGGAGAAACAUAAUAGCCAGAAGCCGGUUCGGGCCGAUUCAGAAAACAUGGUUAUGGAGGAGGGUCAGUCAUCAGAGUCUGUCACCACCAACCUCUGCAACUCUAACAGCGCUCCUCAAGACUAUGAGAGCUCAGAUACAUCUCUCAAAUUGGGGUUACCUUACUCUGGUUAAUAUGAUCUAUAGUUUGGGGAAAGUUGAGUUACUAAUUGAUUGAGAUAUAUGAAUGUAACAUUCAACCCCACUGUGUUAAAAAGAAGUACAUGAUUCAUCCGAAUCAUGGACAGAUCUAUCAUCUAUGUGAUGCUAAAUAUAUAUCAUCGUUCAAGUAAUUAUUUUUCUCAAAUGAGGCGCAGUAUGAGAUGAGGGGACCCCAGAAUAAAAUCAUAUGUUGCGACGACUCGUGUGUUGACUCCUAUCAUUCUUUUGAGUUGGAUGUAGAGGCGGGCACGGUCUGGGUUGGCCUGUCUUUUAACCUUAAUCGAUGGACCACCGAAUUGACAAUGUCAUCAAGUAGCUUUUGGGGCUCCUCCAAUUAGUGAGGAAGGGUGAUGUAAUGAGUUACAAUUAUGAUGAGUCUCAAUGGUUUGAUACGUUUUAA